AUGCCCAUAAGCUACGGUGGGGCUGGGCAAGAUGGCAGAGACUCCCAGAGUGGUCUACCACCUUACGUUCCCCAUACUCCUCCAUCCAAUGGUCCCCUCUAUGUCAGCAACGGAGAACAGGAACCAUUAUACGGGACGUUCAACCAUACGAAGCCGCGAAUAGAGUCUGCGAAAUCCUUAUCGCUCCUUCACUUGCUCGUCGCCGUCGUCGUCGGAUUCGCGAUAGGCUACUGCCUCAACGACACCAUCUACUCUGACGCCUAUGCCGCCCGUAGACGUGAGUGGGCUCGUGAGUGGGAAGAGCAGCGACAGAAUGCCCGUCGUGAGCUGGAGCAACAGAAGGAAGUCGCCCGACAGACUCUCUCUUGGAGUGGUUGGCAAGGGUCUCCUCGCUGCUUACGGCACGGUGCCAGGGAGUACACCGCCACACUUUCUAGCGAGUUUCGCAUCCUCGACUUGGUUCAGGAGUGCUUCAAUAAGGCCGUCGAUACUCAUGGUGGUAGCUUGUAUCCCGCACAAUGCGACAGAAUUGACAACGGGAAAAUCCUCGGGACGUGGGUUGUUACGAAUGAACCGUCGUGCAGAACGUGGUGGGGAUACUUCAACGAUAAGGGAUGCUAUACAGUGGGGAAAAGGCAUUACGAAGCAGUGCUUGAGAACCUUCUGUGGGGUGACGAUUGGCGAGAGAUGUGCGACACCACCCCGAACACCUUGCCAAAUGGCGUCUAUUACGAAUCACCUACCUCUUGUGCCCAAUGGGGUGGCCGCACGCACGGGAUGUGGAUAACCGAUGACUGGAAUUGCCACUGA